AUACUAGAUAUACCAUAGAAUAUUGGGUAAGUAUAUCUAAUGUGGUUAACUGAGGAAUCCAUGGUAAAGAGGUAUACAACUUGGUCCCAGGAUUGAAGUGUACAAUUACUUCAACCUGAAGGAAGCCCGAACAAACACAGAUUCUCUAGAGCUACUCAUUAGCCAAUAUCGCACAUAAAGAUCGUAAUACAAGUGUUCGUUUAUUACAGAAUCCGUUUGCUGUAGACCAUAAACUGGGAUCUAUGUGAUUAAAUAAAAUGGGCGACCAGUUGGCAGCUAUAGUCACAGGUGCUGAAAAGCUCACCAAUCCGGCCGAUAUAAUGGCAUACUUCAUGACGAUCAUAUCAGCGCAACAAAAGGAAAUACAAAAGACAAAGGCAUUGGUCAAGGAUUUCCGAACUGUACAUAACCUAGAUGGAAUAUACGAAAAGAAUGCAUCAAUCAAUGCAAUGAUUGAUCCAGUAAUUAACUGUGAGAUAUUACACCUGAGGAAACUACUCAAAGAAAAAGAAGUGGAACUUAAAACAGCAAAGGAAGCGUUAGACGCACAAAAUUAUAACCCACAAAGCACAAUAGGUACUACACUACUAGAAAGGUGUAAACUACUAAUCACAGAAAAUGAAGAAUUAGGUAGAAUUGUACUAGAAAAUAAAGUGCAACCAUUGACAAUGGACCUGUACAAAGAAAGGGAAGCGAACAAAGUACUCAAGAAACAACUAAAAGCACUGCAUCAGUAUAACAUAGAGCUGGAAGCUGAAGCAGAAGUGAUGAGCAAAAACCUGGCACAACAAAAACUUGAAUUAGCAACACUUAAAAAAGAAAUGGAGGCCAUUACACAAAAGACACAGGCAACAAUAUCACCAACAAAUAAAACAAAAUAUAUGCCUGGGACUAAAUCAAACGAAGUAAAGCAGGUAGAUAAAAUAAAUAAGGAUGAUAAAGAAGAGAGGGUUAGAAAAGAAGAAAAACGUGAUAGAUACACCUCCACAAGGAAAGAAGAAACACAUGAAAGUGAUAGGAAACUAGAUAAAAGAGAAACGGAAAGGAAAGUAGAUAAACAUGUAAUCGAUAGGAAAGCAGAUAGAUAUGAAAGUACAAAACAAUUUGAAUCAAGUAGAUCAGAUAAAUAUACAAGGAGAGAUGAUAGACAUACAUCAAAAAAAGAAGAAAGAACUAGGAGAGAUGACUCAAGAGGACGCACAUCAACAAAGAGAUAUAGAGAAGACUCUAGAAGUAGAACGUCACCGUAUCGCAAUAGAAGCCCGAAAUCAGGAAGAAGCUCCAGAAAGUAUUGAUACAACAAUCCUGAUACAUAUCGCCA